UAUGCAGAUUUGUACCAAAAUGAUCACCGACUCCGGCAGAAAUGUAAUCAUUAAGACUCACCUCUUUUCGUCCCGUAGCGAUGUCAAUAAAACCUUGCUGCCUAAUCACAAACCAAUCAAACCUGCUCCUCGGUGAGCAUCCUCACGUGCGCGCCUUCCUUCCACCUCAACUUUCCACACUGUGCUCGCAGCCUAUAUCUGCUUCAUUCUCAUACUCGGAUAUCAUCAAGAGUAUCAGCGCGUUUGCACCGUUUAUCUUCAGCCUCCAUCAGUCUGUUGAUACUGUCUGCCACCAGCAUCUCGAGUCCAGGGGAUCAAAUAAAACAAUAGCGCACGACGACUUUUGAGGAUCGCAUAUCAUUAUGGCAACCAAGAAAUCGCAUCGAAAUGGCAUGAAGCCGUUGCUAAGAAAGAGGAAGUCGAGAAUAGUCAGAGAUGAUAGACAUUACAAAAUUCCAGGAUUUGCUGCAUUUAGUGUUAGAUACCUGCCUCAUAUUUCCUGUUCAUUUUCUGACCUUGAACAGCCUCACAAUGUCCCCAUCAAGAAGGCAAGCAAAGGCAAAAGACCAGAGCUUGUUCCAUGCGAUGAAAUCACCGAGCCUGAACAGGGUAUUCAUUCACUUGCGUGGGCAGCAUCAAUUGUUCCACAAAACACAGGAUUCUUGAAACUGCCUUUCGAAGUCCGAGUAAAGAUUUAUGAGCAUGCCAUCGAAGAUUUCUCGUGUGGUGAAGAUCCCAUCAAGCCUAGAAAGAACGGCGACAAGUUCCGGAGCCCAGGAUGGGCCAACAUUGCAGACGAAACCACCAAGUUCUACCAACUAUCCCGACAAGUUUACGUCGAUUUCGUUGGCAGCAGCCUCCUCUACAGAUUUAAGCCCUUCUCUUUCGACAGCCCAACCCUCCUGCUUAAUUACCUCUGCGUCAUCAACCCACUUCACAAAAACGCCAUCCGCUCCAUCACACUCCACAUUAAGUUCCGCCCAACCUGCACCACGCUCCCCACGAAAGCCUUCACUUUCCUCUCUAAGUGCGAAAGUCUCGAAGAGCUUAACAUCAAAGUCCACCUCCCCCAUGACUUGUGUACCUUCUCACCCCUCUUCCAUCGUCCAGCAAACUCUCCAACCAUCCGCUCGUCGUUUGACAUUUCGGAUCGGAGACUAGCCCUGAAGCGCAUAAAGGACUGCGAGACGCUGAAGAGUAUUCAGGGCUUGAAGCGAUUCGAGUUCGUGUUCGUCUUGCCUAAUGUCAUUUCGGCUCGUUAUAACAGACACUUCGCUCAUCCUCGAUAUGUUCAUCCAGUGCUUGAGCCUUCGGAGUUGACAGCGGCUUUUUAUGCCGAGAUGAAGGAGAUGAUGCAGAAUUGAGGGAUUAAGGCUGUAGAAUGAUCUAUAGAGUUGUUGUUUUGAAGAAAUGUUCGGUCAGGGUGCGGAGUUGGUACAUUACCUUUUUGGAUUUCGGCAGGAUAACGAGGGCGUUUAUUGACUUUGGAAGCGAGAUUGGUAAACACUUGGGCACUAAAUGAACAAUGAUAAAAGUUACAGUAAAAAUCUCAGGUUGACUUAUUCCUUGAUCCUAUUGACCUGUGUCCGGAGGCUGUUUCGAGCUUGUGGACCCGAAAUUAUCAAAUGGCACGCAUGGAACUGAGAGCUCAGCCGUCUUUGCAGUCUUCUGUCACUGGCACACUCGUUGAC